AAACAAAGAGUCAAAACCGUUGCUAAACUCCAUUGGACUGCGCAAUUAUCAACUGUCCCAAAGGCCCUAAACUUCACGCUCUACCAUUGCUUCUCCUCUUUAAAAAAAUGUAAUUACUUUUCAAAAAGCAAGUAAAAAACGAACGCUGGAGACACGACUGUGUAUAGUACAGAAAGACUACACAGCGGAGACCACAGAGAGAGAGAGAGAGAGAGAGAAGACGGCUGAAGCUACCCACACAGAGAGAGAUAGAGUGUGUCUUCCUGGAAGUCCAUGGCCGUGGGAAGCUGCGGAGAAUUAAGGAUAUCGUAGAAGAACCAGAGGAGCCGAAAAAGCCAAAAUCGAGAAGGGUAUAAAUCCAGCGACGCCGCUGCGGAUGGUGUGCUUUUUAUUUUAUUUUAUUUUAUUAAAUUGAAUGAUUGAUGCUAUGAUCAUGCCCUCAUGGUGGAAGUCAUCACCGUUUCUUAAUUCCUCGCUCCCACUUCUCACAAAACCCUAAAAUUCCGCUGCCCAAUUCGAAGAUCCCAAAGACUUUUCUCAGAAGUUGCCGACUACCCCUCAUCGCUUGUCAAUUCCCCUGCUUUCUGUUUCCAAAUUCUUCUCUGCAGCUUCGUUUGGCGUUUGCACAUGCGUGUUUUCUUUUAGGUUUACGAGCAGCAAUUUGAGGUGGACUUUGCUUUUGCUUGGGGAAAGCGGUGGUUCGUGGGUCUUUUCGCUUUUGAUUUCUGCUCAAUAGACCUGGUGAGGUUUGAUUCGGUACGAUUUAGUUGUGAAAGAGCUUUUACUUUAUUGCGUUUGAGUGGUUUCUUCGGGGUUUUUUCGAUUGAUUUAGUUGAUCCUGAGCUGGAUGAGGGGGUUUGAGAAAUUGAUUGUAGGGAGAAAAUUUUGAGCUUUUGUUGAAGAUUCGGAAGUAGAUGUAUCAAGCAGUUCCUGAAUUUUGCUGCUCUAAGCUGGUUCUCGUUAAAUCUGGGAAUAAUAUCGCGAUUUCAGAUUCGCUGGCGGCUUGGUUUGGGUGUAAUUUGAAGACUGAUUAGGUGUGUCUUUUGAGGUAGAGGGAUCGUACUUCAUCGAUUUUGAUAUACUGUGGGAAUCUGAGGCUUCUGCUAUUCUAUUUGCGGAUCAGGAUUUUGUAAGGUGUUUUAGAAUUUCAUUCUUCUGGUCUUAGUGAUUGAUGCUUUUCUGCUGGGAUUUGUGGUCGUGGGGUUCCGACUAGGGGUGAAUUUGCGAUGGAUGAAGCUCAGGGUGGCGCAAAUGCUCUACCCCCUUUCCUUUUGAAGACGUAUGAGAUGGUGGAUGAUCUUUCCACUGAUUCUAUUGUUUCGUGGAGUCAGAGUAAUAGGAGCUUUAUUGUCUGGAAUCCGCCUGAAUUCGCAAGAGAUUUGUUGCCUAGAUUCUUCAAGCACAAUAACUUCUCGAGUUUUAUCAGACAGCUGAACACAUAUGGUUUUAGAAAGAUUGAUCCUGAGCAAUGGGAAUUUGCAAAUGAGGAUUUUGUAAGGGGUCAACCACACCUUCUGAAAAACAUCCAUAGACGCAAGCCAGUUCACAGUCAUUCUUUACAGAAUCACCAAGGGCAAGGAGCUUCUGGCUCAUUGACUGAAUCCGAGAGGCAGGUACUUAAGGAUGAGAUUGAUAGGCUGAAACGUGAUAAAGAAUUUCUUCUUUUGGAGAUGCAAAAGGAUAAACAGGAGCGGCAAGGACUUGAGUUGCCAAUGCAGCUUUUGAAGGAGCGUUUGCAACAAAGAAACCAAAGACAGCGAAAUAUGGUUUCUUUCUUGGCUCGAGUCUUGCAGAAGCCAGGGCUUGCUCUAAAUCUCCUGCCACAAUUAGAGUCCCAUGAUAGAAAGAGAAGAUUGCCUAGAGUUGAUUACUUUCACGAGGAAGCAAGCCCAGAGGAAAAUAAAAUUGUAACUAGAGAAAAUAUGGAUGUUUCUUCAGCUCUGGCAUCAAUAAUGGAGCUGUUUGAGUUGUUGGAGUCGUCUGUGAUUUUUUGGGAGAAUGUUCUGCAUGAGUUCUUCCAAUCUUUCAUUAAUUCUCCCCUGGAGUUGGAUGAAUCUACCGAUUGUGCAGAAAGCCCUGCUAUAUCUUACGUGCAACUUGACAUUCAGUAUAAAUCGUCAAGCAUUGACAUGAAUUGUGAGCCCGCUGCUACUACUGGCCCUGAACCUGAGGUUGUUUCCUCAAAAGAGAAAGUAGUUGGAAGUGCAGCUGCUGCGGCAGCUGGGGCCAAUGAUGUAUUCUGGGAGCAGUUCUUGACUGAGAAUCCUGGUUCUUCUGAUAAGCAGGAAGUUCAAUCAGAAAGAAAGGAUUCUGAUGGCAAGAAGAAAGAAAAUGAACCAAUUGAUCGUGGCAGGUUUUGGUGGGGUAUAAGGAAUGUAAAUAACCUUGCAGAACAGAUGGGGCAGCUUACCCCCGCUGGGCAAAUUUGAUGGUGUUUAAUUCUUUUUUUCCACGUCUUGCAGCUAGUAGCUUUCUGUAUUACAGAUAGGUACAAUUGGUUUAAUUUUGAAUAAGAUAGAUUUUGGUGUUUAUAAUC